AUGAACGAAUCAACCUUCUUUUUAUAUUUUCCUUCUCUUACAUCUCACUCUAUUUUCCUUCUCUUUCAUUUUCCUCUGUUUUCCUUCUCUUACAUCUCCCUCUGUUUUCCUUCUCUUACAUCUUCCUCUGGUUUCCUUCUUUUACAUCUCCCUCUGUUUUCCUUCUCUUUCAUUUCCCUCUAUUUUCCUUCUCUUUCAUUUCCCUCUAUUUUCCUUCUCUUACAUCUCACUCUGUUUUCCUUCUCUUACAUCUUCCUCUGGUUUCCUUCUUUUACAUCUCCCUCUGUUUUCCUUCUCUUUCAUUUCCCUCUAUUUUCCUUCUCUUACAUCUCCCUCUGUUUUCCUUCUCUUACAUCUUCCUCUGGUUUCCUUCUUUUACAUCUCCCUCUGUUUUCCUUCUCUUUCAUUUCUCUCUAUUUUCCUUCUCUUUCAUUUCCCUCUGUUUUCCUUCUCUUAUAUCUUCCUCUGGUUUCCUUCUUUUACAUCUCCCUCUGUUUUCCUUCUCUUUCAUUUCUCUCUAUUUUCCUUCUCUUACAUCUCCCUCUGUUUUCCUUCUCUUACAUCUUCCUCUGGUUUCCUUCUUUUACAUCUCCCUCUGUUUUCCUUCUCUUUCAUUUCUCUCUAUUUUCCUUCUCUUUCAUUUCCCUCUGUUUUCCUUCUCUUACAUCUUCCUCUGGUUUCCUUCUCGUUCAUUUCCCUCUGUUUUCCUUCUCUUUCAUUUCCCUCUGUUUUCCUUCUCUUACAUCUCCCUCUGUUUUCCUUCUCUUACAUCUUCCUCUGGUUUCCUUCUUUUACAUCUCCCUCUGUUUUCCUUCUAUUUCAUUUCUCUCUAUUUUCCUUCUCUUUCAUUUCCCUCUGUUUUCCUUCUCUUACAUCUUCCUCUGUUUUCCUUCUCUUACAUACUCCUCUCCUUUUUUCUUUAUCUUUCUUCUCUUUCAACAUAUUCUUUGCUUCUUGAUUUUCUUCUCUUACAUCCUCGUUUCUUUUUCCUUCUUUUUCCUUCUCUUCGUCAUUUUUCUGGACUUUUUUCUUUUUCCACCGACUAGUCCUCUUCUUCGUAUUUCCUUCUUUCCCCUUUACUCAUUUUCUUUUCUUUUAUUCGUUUAUUUUAUUCUUACUUUCCCAACCCUUUUUUUUUAA